GCGCACCGGCCAGGGGACCGAUACGAACAGCCGGUUCCAACACUCAACACUUGUUCAACUGAUUAAAAAGGUUGUGCUUCCGCGUCACGUGACCUAUAAUUCAAGCUGUGCGAAAAACAUAUGGUAAUUACGAACACACACAUACACACAACAGUGAGUGUGUGUUCUGAUUGUGUGACGGUUGAGCUUUCGGUAAUUGUCUGCUUGUUUUCUGGGCGUUUUGUUUGGAGGGACGAGCUCCCAAGAGCGCAUGUCUGUCUGGCUGCUACCUUUCUGGGUCACGUGACCAGUAGGUGGAUCCAGCGCAUAUCUAACUCGACAGGUAAAAAAAAACAAGACGAGAGCAGCUUUGCGGGGCACCAGCGCGAUGUUAAACCCAUUAAGCAGCGGGCGCAAAGCUCUGGGGAAGCUCGCGACGCGGGUGGAGGAGGUAAAGAACCCAUGGCGGCCCACUUCCACGUUAGAACUGAGCCACAACGAAGCCGCGCGUCUCGCCACGGAUGCGCUUCUCGAGUCAGGAGAGAAGGAAUACCGACGCGUUCUGACUGAUGAGAAAGAGCUCAACUUUCUCUCCUCGAUGGAAAUCCGCUAUAUUACCGAGAAUGAGGCAAAGACCGAGAAUCCCGAGAAUGGCACAAACGGAGUAGGAGACUUUGGAGAAGGAGACGCGGUGUCAGAGCUCACUUCGGGAACUUAUUUCCCCAUGAUGUCAGAUGAAGAGCCGCCCAUGCUGGCGCUCGGCUGGCCCGAAGUGCCCAACCGCCACGGGCCCUGCGAGACUAAGAUCUACUUCCAAAGAGACAAGUCGCACAAUGUCAAAGAUGUGGUCCGAUCGCUGAUCAGUAAAGCUAAGAAGGUCAUUGCCUUGGUCAUGGAUAUUUUCACAGACGUGGACUUGUUUUGUGACUUGCUUGAGGCUUCUCUCAAGCGCAAGGUUCCUGUGUAUAUUCUGCUUGAUGAGAAGAAUCUCAGUUAUUUCACUGACAUGUGCAAUACGCUAGACAUUCAGCACUCACACUUAAAUAAUAUGCGGAUAAGGAGUGUAUGUGGAGACACAUAUUGUACCAAAAGUGGGAAGAAAUUUACAGGAGAGGUGCAGGAAAAGUUCAUGAUAAUUGACUGCGAGGAAGUACUAGCUGGAUCGUACAGUUUUACAUGGCUAUCUGCUCAGGUGCACAGCAACAUGAUUUUGCACUUUUCAGGACGCAUUGCUGAAAGCUUUGAUAGGGAAUUCCGUUGCCUCUAUGCAGACUCGCAAAUCAUCGAGCGGUUUCAUAACCCCGAUGAGGAAGGCCUUCCUUACUACAAUUACAAAAUGGUGACCAACAUGGAUUUAUUCCAAGACAGAGGAGUUAGAGAGAGAGAGAGGACUUUCUCAGAAAACUCCAGUAGCCAGUCUAGCAAUAGUGUCUCCAGCAUUAAAGCAGCUCCAGGUUUAACCCCUACAGUCUACAAGGUUACCCAUGACAAAAAGGACACUGGCACAAUCAAGAGUUCAGAGAAGCGAGGUGUUUCAAAAGCAGGACUUCAGAAGCCUCAAGGAAGUCACAUUGGCAGAGGAUCCCACAAUGAUUCCCUGCAGAAUCCAGUAGGGGAAUAUUCAUCAUCGGGAGCAGAAAGGGCCAAACCAGGUGCGUUUCAAACCAACCUCACAGGGCCAACGUCCAAAUUUCAAGCCAUGGACCUUUAUGAACAUAAAACCUCUUUCCAAACUGCUGCCAAAUCACAACCAACACCUUUAAUGGAGAGCAGAACACCCAAAGUGCGUAGUCCUACCAAUCCUUUUUUUAACAAAUUCAACCUCUUCUCCUCAUCAUCCAAAGAAAAGGACCCCUAUUUAUUAUAUAGGCCACCUCCAUAUGUUACAGGUUUUGGUGGUCCUGAUCUCUCACAAAAUGAGCCAGAAAGUAGUCAAAGUCCUCCUCCACCAGCGCCUUUACCCAAGGAACGAGCAGGCCACGAUGGCCGAAUCACACGUGGAGAUGAGAAACGCAUGACUUUGGGCCACAGCAAAUUAGACCUGGUCAACCACUACAACCAGUUGAAAUCAAAGCAGAUUUACAGCCGUUUUGAACUAAAGAACAAUUGACCUUUUUUUUUCUUUUUUUUAAAUCACACCUGGUGUCACUAGUUGGUUUACUUUUACUCCUGGGCAAGACAUUUUUCUGCAGGCUUAAAUUGUACUGGAAUGUGGUAUUGUGUGUGUUUUUUUUUGUUACACAAGGAAAAAUAUAAAAACUGUCAGUUGACAGACUGUAAAUUUUGUGACUGUUUUUUUCUACCAAGUUCACGAUUUACAGUUAGUACUGUGUAAAGUCUAUAUGUAUAUGAUUUUGGUGUAUAGCAUUGCUUGAUUGGCACAUUUUUUAAAAUUGGUGUUGCUUCAACAAUACCACUUGUACUUCUUGUGGUAAGCAAGAAUGGUGGUAGCAACAUGGUAUUAAUCUCUUAGGUGGAACAGUUUUUUCUUUAUUUGAGAUUUUGCAUUCCUAAGUUUGUAGUCUUCCAGAUGUCCAUGUGUUUUUAUACUGUGACAUUCUUUGACUUUUAAGAAACUAGUCAUUCACACGUCUGCCAUUACAUUAUACUGUCACUCAAACAGUUUUUUUUUUCUUUUUCACAUCAUUUUAUGUAAAGUCUACAGACUGUUGUGUGUGAAAAUCUCAAUCCAGCCCUCUGGCACAAACAACGAUGCAAUGUUUAUAACAACAGAGAUCACGCAUGUUCCUCGUUUGCUGGAUGAUGUGAACAUUAACUGAAGCUCAUUUACUUGCAUGAUUUUAUGCAUUGUGCUGCUAAAACAUUAUUGGCUGAUUGUAAAUAACCGCAUAAAUGAGCGUUUGCUGAAGGUUAAAGUAUAUGGUAAAUAUGUAACAAUACUGCUGUAAAGAUCAGUUUAAGUGAGAGUAUGAAUGUCUUUAGUUAUUUAUGUGAGGUUGAAGCAAGUCAAUAAAAUAAACCCUGUUAAUAAUAGUGUGAAUAAAACAUCAUGUACAUUGUGACUCACAAUACUAAUUUGACCAUGCUGAUGGUGUGCCUACACUGGAAAUACCAGAAGUGAGUCAGCAGGAAGAUGUUAAUUUGCAUUGUUUUGUUCUUGGUUUUAACCAUUCUGCUACUGGUUUUCACAAAAACUCUUUCUUGAAAAAUUUGCAAAAAUACUAAUGCAGAGUUUGACCCUUUUUAUUUUAGCUUGGUAUGCUUUUGUGUAUUGGGUGAGGAGUUAUACUAUCCUUCUUUUGUCCAAAGUUUAAAAGAUUGUCAGUUGUCUCAUUUGCAUUGAUAAUUGUUUAUUGAAUUUUGAUUUGAAUUCUCUGUGAGCACAGUAAGACUACAAGUAUUGUACAAAAGUAUUUCUGGUCUUUUAUGUUCUUACUAUGUCAGGUAAAUAAAAAAGUAGUGUAAAUAAUA